AUGGCACCAAUCAACCGGCCCACACUUCUUUGUUCCAUCAUUGUCCUUUUGUUAAUUUCCAUAUCAAAUGCAUCACAUUUUAGAUAUGGAACAUUAUCAUGGGUUGGAUCAACUACAGAUGAUCUCACUUUUACCUUCACGUUCAAGGCUGCCUUUAGGUACAGCUUCUUCUGGCAAAACUUUGCAGUCGGUGAUUCAUUUGACUAUGGCUACGUCAAUGUAGGAUCGUCAUCAAUCACCACCAACUUUGUAAUCAACAACGUCGACCAUGCCGCCGACUGGAUGACCGCCAACAUGGUCUACACCACCACCUUCAGCUCCUACUCUGCCCAGACCAUCUCCUACUCUGACUGCUGCAGAAUCUCCGAAUUGAAUAAUAAUGCUGAUCAAUACUGGAACCUUGAGUCCACUAUAACACCAGUCCGUGGAAAACUAGGACAGGUCUCUGCCGUGUCAUCAUUGUUGCCAGUUAUCCCAAUUCAGAUGGGCGUCACCAACACAUUCCAAAUCCCAGCCCUUGUUACUGAUGGCUCAACAUUGGCCUACUCGCUGUCUUCCAGCACCCAGAUGCCUGGCUCUCAACCACCAGGACUCUCGAUCAGCUCCACCGGUUUCGUCUCGUACGUCCCAUCCCAGAUUGGAGUUUGGUGCGCCCAGACCUUGAUUAAGAGCAAGGACACCACCAUCCCAGUGGACUUUAUCCUAAACGUCAGCACGACACCAGUUACCAAGUUGCCACCCGUGUUCAACACACCACCAACACCAGCUGCCAACAGCGUUAGAACCAUCCCCUCCCGUUCAGAGUCCCAGAUCACCAUUAAGGGCACGUCGCCCCAGUCUACCAGCACAGUGUCCAUCAACAUUGGAACUCUUCCCGAUGGAAUGGUGCACGUACCACAAGUCAGAAGCGGCCCCUCAUCCACCCUUAUCCUGGUCUGGACGCCAACUGCAUCCCAGUUCGGCAUGUACAUUAUUAACUUGGGUCUGAUCGAUAGUGAUGGUAUUGGUAUGGUUGGAGGCUCUCAAUACUUCUACAUCAACGUCACCUCCUCAUCCUGUGGAAACGGCAACAGGACCUCGGGUGGAUGCUCUUGUGACCCAGGCUGGACCGGCCCACUCUGUGACCAAUGUGCACCAAACAACUACGGACCCAAGUGUACCCCAAUGGACCCAUGUAUCAAUGGUAUCCCAAGCAAUGGAACAUGGGGUGAUGGAAGCUGUGUCUGCAACCAAGGUUGGAGCGGAAAGUCCUGUAACAUCACCCUCGUCCAGCGUUGUGUCUCCACCAAGCCCAACACUUUCGUCUCUCAGACCUUUGCCCUCAGACAGGGUUUCAACCUGCAGCCAGUAACCUCGCAGCUCUACCUCUCCAAGGACGCAGCUGCCCCCGCUGUGCUCUCGACCUCCAUCACCAACCCAUACCUCAUCCCAUGGGACCUCUUCUUUGUCAUCGACACCUCUUCAUCGGCCAGCAUAUCAACACUCUACUCUCAAGUCCAAGCUCAGUUCUCCACAUUCACCGGAAGUAUAUCCGACCUCAACGGACGUGAUACUACCAACUAUGCUCUUGCCGACUUCCAAGACUCCACCAACCCAUCCAGCGUCUUCCAACUUCGCUCCAGUCUCAAGCCAUCCAUCCUGCCCGAUAUCUCCCAGUUGGUCUUCACCUCUGGUGCCCCAACCGCCAAUGUACCAUACAAUGUGUUGAUCAAUGGUAUCCCAUCGAUCACAUGGUCCAAUCGUCCAGAGGGCUCGGUCAAGAUGGUCAUCUUGAUCACCGAUAACAACUUGGCACCAACCGACAACACACUUCCACAGCAGCUCCAGGACGUAUUGACCAAGUACAACAUCCAACUCGGUGUCUUCUCAUUCGGCUCCUCAUCUUCAUACAGCUGGUUGGCCAACAACUAUGGUAUCAACUGCGAUUGGAAGACUGGCUCGAGCUGGUUCACCCAGUUGCUCAACAACCUUAUUGUGCCAAUCUCUUACAACUUGCGUCUGAAGGUCGUGUCCGACCCAAGUGGCGCCACCAACAACGUUGCCCCAAUCAUGAUCUCCAACACCACCUCUGCGGUCAACUUCACCACCAGCUUCAUCUACUCGACCAGCUUGCCCACAAUCAACAACCCAGUUGUUACCCUGGCUGCCCCAGGUUUUGGUCGUCAGUUGGUCCACAUCCAGUACAACCACGCCCCAACCACCUCAUCGACCUCAUUCACCGUUCGCGAGAAUGUUGGAACCGCCACCAAUAUCCAGUUCACCAUCCCAGCCAACGAUGUGGAUAACAACGUCCUGUCGAUCACCUUCACCUCUAUCCCUGCAAAGGGCAAGAUCGUCAUCAACGGAACAGUUCCAGUCGUUGUCAACACUGUGUACUCGCUGCCAGUCGACUCGUUCACAUACAUCCCCUCGCUGUACCAAUAUGGAGCAGACUCUGCCCAGUUCUCCAUCUCUGAUGGUUGUCUCAGCGCUGAUGGUACCAUUUCAAUCACCAUCUCCAUCGUGCCCCUGGUACCAUCCUGCAGUCCAAUAACGCUCAACGCGAACCAGUUCGACACCAAGGCAAUCACCCUCAUGGGCUCGGAUAUUAACAACCUACCACUGGCCAUCACGGUCUCUUCAGGUUUUGGCAACAUGGCCAUUGGCUCACUUCUCGCCCCAUCGGGAGCACCAAUCAACACCAACACUCAGUACUCCUCGCCGACUAUCCUAUCUUUCGUCCCACUCAGCACCGCCAGGAACACCAACGUGACCGGUACCUACCUCGUCACCAACUCUGAGCUGUUGUCCGUCCAAUGUCCUUUUAACAUCAUUCUCAAGAGGAACUACGUGCCACCAACCUUGACCAUUCCCACGACCCAGACCAUGACUCCAUUCUCCCUUAAGUCCAUGCCAUUCUCCAUCCAGAGCUUUGAGACCUCGGCCACCGUGACCAUCACUGCCAUCACACCAAUGAGCGGUACCUUCUACGACUCAAAGAACCGCACCAUUACUCCAGCAAUGAUCCCCUACACAUUCAGCGUGUACAAUGUCACUGAUGUCUGGGCUGCCUCUGAUGUCAUCUACUACCAGGCCAUUAACGCCAAUGAGGUUGGCAUCCAGUUUACCAUCGAGGUUACUGACCUCGGCGCAGGCAAGGACACCAAGACCGUCACGAUCGCUGUCAAUGGUCCACGCGUCAACAACCCACCCGUAGCCAAGUCAGUUGCACCAAUCUCAAUGUUGGAGGAUGGUACUUCGCCAAUAUUCACCCUGGAUGGCACUGACCCCGAUCAAACAAGAUACGACAAUGUUUUGCCAGUGAUCUUUGCCUCGAUGCCAGGCUCUGGAAGUCUGUUCUAUCCCAACGGCUCUGCUUUGGUCGCCACCGGCAACGUCGUCCCACUCCAACUCGUGUACAAGCCUAACACAGGCUUCUUUGGAAGUGACAAGUUGAUUUUCUACGUCCAGGACUCUUUGCAAGCACCAUCCAAUCAGGUCACCGUCAACAUCACCGUGACCCACGUCAACCACAACCCAUCUGUGACUGCACCCAGCAUCAACCUUUACGGCCAGACUGGUGGCGCACAACCAUCAACCGACUUCCCCAUCAUCACCAACGAUGUCGACAGCGACUUGCUUACUGUCACAAUGGUCGGCACAUUGCCAGAGUUUGGAUCUUUUAAGAACUCCGCUGGCAACCCCAUCUCGGUUCUGCCAUCCACCCUCCCCUCCAACGACCUAACCUACACCAUCCCCACCACUGUCAAGGCUGACUUUAUCUCCAACUACACCAUCCAAGUGUGUGACAAUGGAUCACCUAGUCUCUGUGCCACCGCCACCGGCAUCAUCACCUUUGUCUACAAGACCAUCCAUCCACCACCCACCUGCUCCGACCUCACGAUCGAGACUACACAGAUUGCACCAAUCUCAUUCAAUCUCAAUGGUACCGACCAGGACACCACCGUUCUCAGCGUUUCACUCAAUGGACUCGAGUCGCUGGCAUCCCUUGGAGUUGUGUCCAAUGCCAACACCCCAAUUUCCAACGACCAGACCUUCUCAUCUCCAGCAACAUUCGACUUCACGCCACUUCUGACCACCGACUCUGACCAAAGAUCCGUGCCAUUCACCAUCACCAACGAGUUUGGUCUAAAGGUGCAGUGCUCGCUCACCCUAAAGGUUAACCGUGUUGCCGUGGACCCAACCAUCGACAUCCCCGACUCAGUCUCCCAGGCCCUCGACUCGUCAAAGCAGAUUCCCUUCACAGUUGGCUCUCUCAACUUCAAUGAGGUUCUAACUGUUGAGGUCACUGACGCUCAACCCAUCCAAGGAUCGUUCUUGGACGCCAGCAACAACGCCAUUACCGCCACACCAUAUUCGUUGGGCGUUUUCAAUGUGUCUGCCACACAUGCCGCCGCCUCAACCAUCACCUACCACGCCAUCAACGCAAUCUACACUGGCAUCAAGUUCACCAUCAAGGUGACCGACUCUGGUGGACGCUCCGUUAGCAAGACCGUUACCAUCACCCUCACAGGUUCCGUGGUCUUCUACCCACCUGUCGCCAACCCAGUCGACCUGAUCAUCGUUAACGAGAACGCCAACUCCUCGCUCUUCCAGCUCACUGGCUCCCACCCACUCAUGCCCCAAUACACUGGCAAGCUCUUUGUCACCGUCUCCGACGUGCCAAGAUACGGAGAAGUUUGGUCUAACAAUGGCCCCUUCACCCCUGCCGACGAAUCACCCCUCUCCGUCUUCUACCAGCCAUUCGCCAACACAUUCGGCAAUGACUCGUUCCACUUCUACGUUACCGAUGAGCAUGGAUCUACCUCUGCACUUGUUCGCGUCGAUGUCAAGAUCCUGAUGGUCAACUACCCACCAGUGAUUGAGUUCAACCCACCAGUGAUCGUCUCCAAUGGCGCGUGCUCAGAGACCCCACUGCCAGUGCCCUUCAACAUCAGUCUAACACUGAUCAACCCAGACCCAUCUUGGAACAUCAGCUUCACCAAGCCACCACAACGCGGCCACUUCAUCUAUGAUGGCGUUCGCAUCGACAACUACCCCUUCGUCUUUAGCAAAUUGAUCAACGCGUUGCAGUACCAGCCCGACCACGAGUUGGCCUCCUACACCGACUCCUACGAGAUCACCGCCUGUGGCAACAUCUGUGGCCCAAUCAACGGUUCAAUCGUCUACAACUACCAGUACUCCACACCAGUUGGCGCAGCUGGCGUUGUCUACACUCUCGAGAACCAUGCCAAGGACUUCACUUUGGUCGGCACCGUGUGUGAGCCCGAGACUGUGUUCUACCAGUUUGUCGUGCUGCCAUACGGUGGCGUGCUCUCUGUUGGUGGCGUGCCCAUCGAGUCCACUGAAGCCAAUAUCACUAGCUCCACCAUCACCUUCACACCCAAGAAGGAUGUGUUUGGCGUGCCCUUCGAGACCAUCUAUUACCGCGUGUUCUCCCAGCACAACACAGUAUCGACAUCAUACCCAAUUGUGAUCAACAUUGAGGAGACUGUCCUGCCCGUCUACGAGGGCAGCACACACUUGAGCACCUACGAGAACGUCGCCCUUCCAAUCACGCUCCAGGUGUCCAAGGUCCCAACUGCCGUGCUCACGAUCAUGUCGUACACUCAUCACGGCCAGCUCUUCCUCAAGGUCAAUGGCACACACGAGAUCGAGGUGCCCGCCUCUGGCCUGGUCAGCGCCGACGCUCUCGCUCAGUUCCAGCUUCGCUACGUGCCCAAGCUCAACCAGUGGGGCAACAACUACGACACCUUCACCUUUGUCCUCAACGAGAAGUACCAAUCCGUGCUGUACACCAUUGUGAUCGAUGUGAUCCAGGUGUUCCAGCCACCCGUCAUUAUCCCCAUCUCCUACACAUUCAACGGCUCCGAUGUUGCCUUUAACUCUACCAACUACCUCAGCAACAGCAUUGAGAUGUACAUCAACUCGACCACCGUGGUCACCUGGAACAUUACAUCGCUGGACCUCCCAUGGGAGACACUGCGCUGCAACUUUGGUUCGUACGUGAGUGGUGGCCGCGUCUACCACUAUGUCGAUGGCGCUCGUGGCCCAUCCAUCGAGUUUGGCCAGGGCAUCAAGCGUUCUGCCGACGGUCUGUGGCGUAUCCAAUACGAGCCAACUCCAGGUUUCUCUGGUAAUGGCUACUACACCUUCCGUGUCCAGGCCUACGACGCCAAGAACUACACCGCCAGCACCCUGUUCAAUGUGGACGUUCUACGUAUCAACAUUCCACCCUACGUUACCCUGCCCAGAACCGAGGUCUUGGGCGCAGUUGGCGCACCAGUCAGCAUCGUCAACGUCAAUGUCACUGACCCCGACUCUACCUCCAAGAACAGCAUCACCUUCACCGUCAGCCUCACCGACUCCACUGGCGCACUCACCCCCAACGGCAACCUCUCUGCCCCAUUCCUCUCGCAGUCUGCAUGCACUGUGUUGUCCAACAAGUUCACCUGUGUGGACCGCAACACUGCUCUGAACUACUACCUCAACGUCAUCACCGCCAGCUUUGACACUGUCGGCAACUACAGCCUCGUGGUCUACGUCAAUGACUUGGGCUACAACGCCAACCCCAAGUACCGUAACGUCUCGAUGAUGUCCGACACUAAGUCGAUCAACCUGGCCAUCGCCGCCGCACCGGGCACCGGUGGCAAGGGAUCCAACACCGUCGUGUUGUCCGCUGCCAUUGCCGCAUCUGCCGUUGCCGCUGCACUCAUCGCACUUGGAGUGUGGCGUGUGCUCAGAUCUCGCGCACCACCCACCGACACCUUCUUUGGCGAGGGUGCCUUCUCCGAGGGUUCAGUCGCCAGCAACCCAUUGUACGAGCAGAGUAGAAACUCAAUGGCCAACCCAAUGUACGAGUCACCGGGCAACUAA